AUGUUAGACAUGGUAAAGAAUGUCCUUCCCGGUGAUGAAGUAUAUUCUGCAAGCUCAAGGGCAUUGGGAUGCAGCAAGGGCAAGGCAAUUGUGGCUGGGAGUGUGUGCAGUGUUUCCGGACAUGUUUUUGUUCUUUCAAAAACAAAUCGCUACCAGCCAUGCAUUGAUGAUAUUGUGAUAGGAAAGGUUACAUUCGUAAACCAGGAUACAUACAAGGUAGACUUGAAUGGAAUAUCUGCGGCGCUUCCAUCACUCAGCUUCUGCAACGCAACAAAGAGGAACAAACCUGAAAUUUCGAAAGGAGAUUAUGUCCUAUGCAAGAUAGUCAAGACUGGGGUUGAGCCGCUUCUGACAUGCAUAGGAGAUGGAUUUGGAAAGCUGAACGACAUGGUUGUUCCGUUUGCGCCUUGGAAGGUUCGCCAGCUAUAUAUGGAUGACACACUGUCGAAGAUCGGCAAGAAGUUUAAGUUCAGAAUGGCUCUUGGGCUGAACGGAAUGAUAUGGAUCGACUCCGAAAAGCCAACAGAUACACGAGAAAUCAUUCAUCUAAUCAGCACCUCACAACAACCUCCGUCUGAUAAAAAACAUUCGUAUAAGUAA